AUGGACAAAAAGCAAAUCCAGAAUGCAAAACUGCAUGUCUUGCGUGCAAGGACUGAACCCUCAAAAGAAGUCCAACAAGUCUUGUCUCCACAAGAAAUAGAGCACACACCACAACUCACGUUUUUGGAGAAGAGAGAUUACCUCAGGGAUAUUACUGGCAACAAUUCUGAGGAAAUUAUAUUUGACAGCAACACUGCUGGUUUUGAUGGAAGAGACUUUGCAUCACUUGUCUGUGGGAAGUCGAAAAUCUGUGUCAUGGUUUUCCACAAAAAUGGGGUUUUUGGAUAUUACCAAGAAGACGCACUUUCAUUACAAAAGGCAGACAAGGCCACAAAGUCGACUUCUGGCAAAGUCUUUCUGUUUGGCCUCAGAGAAAAUCAGACAGUAGUUAUCAAAAGAAGGGCCGGUGAAAGAACUGGUAUGAGCAUUCCCUCUUCCUCCGAAAAAGAUAUGCUUUUCAUUGUCACUUCUGCUUUUUGGAUGAAAACUGAUGGUAAAGUGACUUUCAACAAUUAUAUGAGAAACGCCUUUAAUUUUUCAUGCCAAGAGAACCCUUUAACUGGAAGAAGUUUUUUCGAGAACAUAAUAUGCGAACGACUACUUGUACUUGGCUAUCGUGAAGAAUGA